UCAGGGGUUCUGAGGGGGGCAGUCAGGGGGCAGGAAGUGGGAGGGGGCAGAUGGGGGGCAGGGGCCAGGCUGUUUGGGGAAGCACAGCCUUCCCUACACGGCCCUCCACACAGUUUUGGAACCCUGAUGUGGCUCUCAGGCCAAAAAAUUUGCCCACCCCUGGUCUAGGCCCAAUUCAGCCCUCUUCCUGUUUCUCUUUCCCAUAAUUGCUAAGAGCAAAAUAAGCCUCAACAUGUGAAGUGAUCCCUUUCUAAGCGAUGAUAUGAUAUGAAUAGCAUUGUGGUGGGACAAUUACAACAUGUCUUUUAAAAAGGACGGUACAGUUUAUUGGAGAUAAUUACACUUUAGUGUAUGGCAAAGUGCAAUACAAUGUUUUGAAGUAUCCUCACACAUGGAAGUUCCUUUGAUUGCAAAUGUCCUAAUUAACUAUAUAUACAAUUUGGGAUGUGCCUCUUAUGUUUUAUUGGUGGAUACUAAAAUAAUAGGGGGGAGAAGUUUUGAAUGUGUUCAGGAGAUUGUCGUCCUCUGCAAGAGGCGGGAAUAUUGUAGAAAAAGCACUGAGAAAGGGGAGAACGGAAGAAACUAGCAAGAAAAAAUAAUGGAUUGGUUGAUUAAGGAUAGUAAAAUGAAAAAAGAUAAAAUGAAUAAAAAUCAUCUUGUAGUAAAGAUUGUAAACUCUGAUCCUACAAACAGUUUGUAAGUGUAAUCUUAACGUUACUACUGAGUUAGCCCAAAGACAACCUUAAGUCUGGCAUUCUUGGAGCGCUUGGCUUUGUAACUUUAAUAUAGUUUUUGUGCAUGUAACUACUUACACUGCAGUAGCCCCGAGAGCCCCAGUCAUGGCCCAGGAGGACCCCAUUGUGCAGUACACCAGCUAAAAGGACAGUCCCUGUCCCAAAAACUUUACCAGCCCAGAACAAGAUGAGAGAAAACAGGUGACUAAAGAGUAUGAUGACCAGAUAGCAAGUGUGAAAAAUCAGGACAGAGGGUGUGGGUGUGGGUGGGUGUAAAUAGGGGCCUUUUAAGAAACAGCCCCAAAUAAAAUCGGGAAAUCUGGUCACCCGACUACAGAGCAGCCCACUGGGAGGGAAAGGAACCAGGAGCCUGCAUUGCUCAGGCGCCCAGGGUUGCCUUUGGCCCUGCGGCUGGCCACAGGGUGACCAGAUGUGGGGGGAGGAAUAGGCGCCUAUACAAGACAAACCCCCCCCGCAACCACUCAGGACGGUCCCGGUAAAGCCAGGCCAAAGCCCGGCUGUUAUGACUCGGCGGGGCAGGGGCGGCCUCGGGCCUGCCUGCGCUCGGAGCCGCCUGGGCGGGAAGCCCCAGGUCCCUCCUCCCUGGCGAGGGGCGGCCCCUGCUGGCUGCUCCUCCCCGUCCCCGCUGGCCGCUCAGAGGCAGCCCGGCGAGCCGCGCAACCAGCCGAGCCCAUGGCCCAGGAGGACGAGUCGGCGGCGGCGGAGGGCGGCGGCGGCCUGCUGCUGGAGAUCCUGAGCUCGCCGCUCAACCUGAGCCUGCUGGGCCUCUGCCUCUUCCUGCUCUACCAGAUCCUGCGGGGCGAGCGGGCCCCGCGCCAGCCCGACGACGCCGAGCCGCCGCCGCCGCCCAAGCUGCGGCGCCGCGACUUCACCCUGGCGCAGCUGCGGCCCUACGACGGGGUGCAGGACCCGCGCAUCCUCAUGGCCAUCAGCGGCAAGGUCUUCGACGUGAGCCGCGCCCGCAAGUUCUACGGGCCCGAGGGCCCAUAUGGAAUUUUUGCUGGAAGAGAUGCAUCCAGAGGUCUUGCCACAUUCUGUCUGGAUAAGGAGGCUCUGAAGGAUGAAUAUGAUGACCUGUCUGAUCUCAAUGCUACGCAGCAAGAGACCCUGAGAGACUGGGAAUCACAGUUCAUGUUUAAGUAUCACUACGUUGGCAAACUGCUGAAGGAAGGAGAGGAACCCACCGUAUACUCAGAUGAAGAAGAAAAAGAAGAUGCUAAAGAUCAAAAGAGAGACUAGAGAAUGCAGUGAGGAACAAUAUUUUUGUAUCUUAAGGGACCAUUUGUAACAUUCCAGUUCUGUUUUAUAAGUUGUAACGUCAACAGUAAUUAGAAAAGGUACAGACUUGCUGUGAUUGGAUUGUUUUUAAAACCGUUCUUAAUCUAAAUUUACCAGUAACAUAAACAAGAUUAAAUUUCUUACAUAAAAACUGCGUGACCUGAAUGUUCUGUAGGACAAAAAGCACCAGGACAGUGCAAUAGUGAACUGCAACUUUGUACUAAAGUUAUUUCUGCUUUUCUUCCAUCAGAGUAGGUUGAAAUCAAAAAAGCUUUUAUUUAAUGGCUAAGGCCCCAAUCCUGCGAACACUUAAGCAUAAGAGUAACUUUACACAUAUGAGUAGUUAUGCUACACUGAACUCAAUGGAAGAGCUUGCAGGAUGUGGGCUUUAGAUUAUAAUCUCUAUGGGGCAGGGACCAUGUCCAUAAAGCAUCAUACGUAUCUAUGGUGCUACAUAAUUAAUUUUAAUAGCAGAUAAAACUGACAUUUUAAAGAUUUACCACAAGCUUAUAGGUGAAUUACUGAAAAUGAAUACUUUUUAAAAAAAAAAAUCCUCUUUUUGUUCAAAGAGGCUAUAUCAUUUUUAGGUACUCAUGUCAUUAUUCAAGGACUGAUGAAUGGCUAGGCUAAUUCCCAGCUCGGGUAGACAUGGUAAAAAUAGCAGCGUGGCCACAGUGGCUCAGGCUAGCUGUCCGAGUACAACCCCAUCCAAGAUCCUAGAUGUAUAUUUGAGUAGCUAGCCUCAGUCACUGUCUGUGCCAUGGCAGCCACAUUAUUUUAGCAUGCCAGCUUGAUCAAAGCCACCAUGUAUAUGUCUACCUGGUGCAGAAAUACACCUCCCAGCGACAGCAAAGACGUACUCCAUGUUUAUUCACAGCCACGUAACUGGAUUAAUGAUUUUUGUUGUGUUUAUCUCUAAAGCAUAUCUGAAAUGUUACAGAAGUUUUGGUAUUGAUUAUAAAUUGGACCUCCCACCUUGGGAGGGGCAUGACUCAGCUAUGACUACUGUUUGUUCACUUUUCUUCUUAGCAAAACUAUUCUAGGGACUGAUUCCAAAAUUUAAUCCAGAUGAAAUUAAACCAGAAAGGGGGGUGUGUGGCACAGUGUUGAGGGAGACUGCUACUGAUUCCUUGGCCUAGUCUACACUAGAAAAGAUUUGUUGGUAUAGUUUUUAUUGUCAAACCACCUAAUGUAGACACAGCUUAUCCCAGCAAGAGAGUGCUAAAGCUGGUACGGUUCAUACCAGUUCCCAGAACAAAAUAAGUAGUACCAGCAAAAGCACUUUAUUUCCUACAGCUGCAUCCACACUAGUGCUUUUGCUGGUAUAGAAGUAUCAUUUGAAAAAACAUGGCACCCCUAACUGACAUUACUAUACCAGCAAGUUUCUAGGAUAGAGCAGGCCCUAGAAUUGUAUUUAGCAUGUUACUUUGUCUUAUAACUCACAUCCAGGCUUCUUUUGAGCAGGUUCUUCCUUACUGAGUAACCAAGUCGCAUACCAGAAGGGGGAAUUGAGAAUGCCUUUGCCCAGUGAGGAGGGUCAACAUGCUGUUAGUAUACUGAAGAAAUAUUUCAGCUUGUUAGUGGAAAUUUCGAAGAGUUAAUGGCCCACUGAUCCCUCAUGGAACGCAUUCCUUGCCGAAACACUUUUGCUUGCAUGUUGGGCGUGCUCUGUAGUUCUCCAUUGUUCCCACUCUGUCAGAUGCUGCUGUUGGAUCCAAUUAAGCAAGUCAGUGUAGGUCCUUGAUUUUUAGCUUGUUUCCCUUCUUAGUCCAACAGACCCUGAGUUCACUGGCCUUCAGGACAUGUUUCAAGUUAUCUAUUCACUUAAGCCACUGCCUCAUGAGAGGCACUUUCCCCCUCAGGGCGCUUUUUUGUUUUUGGGUUGACUGUUGUUAAAUGGUUCUUUUUUACCUUGUCUGGUUUAAAGUUUGUGAUUUUUGCAAUAGGCUGACUAUGAAGAACUCUUGCCCACUUGCCUGCAGUAUGUAUGUAAUAUAUUUUAAGCAAAAGUAAUGUUUUAACUCUUUAGUACCAUGGUAAAGGGUGGGCAAGUGGGUUUUAUACUUAGGCAGUAAACUUUCAAGACAACAUUGCAAAUCUACAAUAGGUGCAUUCCUGCACUGAAAGGUUAAUAGUGCUCUGGGGGCUUAAGCACAGGCCUAAAGUCAGACUUGCUCUGUAGGCUUAGCCAAAUCACUUUAACUCUGUGCUCCAGUUUCUCCAUUGGUAAAAGGAGGAGGAUAUCUACUUCACAGGGGAUUGAGCCUCAGUUCUUUCAUGUAAAGUGCUUGGAGAUCCUCCAGUGGAAAGUGCUAUAGAAAGGCAAAGUAUUGUGUAGUUUCUUAGCUGUUUUCUUCAUGGUGCCUAUGAUGUGUGUUAGCCUGAUGUGUGUUGCUGCUACUGUGUACUUUUUGAAUGAAAACAAGCUCCAUGGGAGCUCAAGCCUCUUGCAAAAUCCUUUGUUGCCGAUGACCCUAUUUGCCAGAGCAGCCCAAUGUUUUAUAAAACUUAGACAGGAAAAUUUAGGCAGAGGAGCAGACAGAGCGUAGCUGCUUACACCAAAUAAAAAGGGAAACAGUCCGUAAACUAGGCAAAAUUGUUCUUAAAUAGGAAGUGUUCCAUGAGGUCAGCAGCUUUUGUAAACACCAACUAGUGCACUGUAUAAAAGUACCUGAGACCGUGUGUGUUCAGAAUGACUAUUCUCAAUCCAUACCCUGAGAACCACUUUGAUGGCAUUUGUCUUUUUGUAACACUACACAUUAAAACAAAGAAUACAGUUGUUUGCACAGGUAGCUUGCUAAAAUAUUAUUAUAUGAACCACAAAGGGAGGGGCUAGGCUAAUGCAAAACUAGUUAUGGGCUUUGUGUUGUUUUUUAAAGCCAUUUGUACUCCUUGCAGACUAUUUCUAAUGGUUUUACCUCAAAUCAGAAAAGUGCUUUUACUUCUUACAGGCAGACAAUAAAAUUCUUACAUAGUG